GAGCUCGAAGCUGAUGUUGUUGGGCUCACCUCUCGUCUCUUUUCGUUGAAAAACAGUUCUCUCUAUAUCUGCUACUAAGACAUAUCUCUAUGUACUUAUGACUAGGUACUCAGUAGAAUGCAGAUGAGAAAUCGCCAUGGCCACUUCUGAUGAAGAGAUCCUGCGCGAUCCUUAUCGACCUAUCCCGUGUCUUCCAGGCGUAAGGCCAGUUAUAGUUCAACAGAGCAAUAGCUUAGAGCGAUCGAUUUUCUUGGAUAGACCUCUUUUCGGUCCACUCCUCUUUGAGAACAAGGACUCGGAUGCUCGAGACAACUGCGCAAACGAGAGAACUUUUCUUUCAUGGCUUCGGUUGUCCGUCUACAUGUCCAUUGUGGCCGUCGCCAUCGUGAUAUCCUUCCACCUCAAGACACAGCCUUCGGAUAUAGAGCUGCGGCUUUCCCUGCCCUUUGGGCUUGUCUUUUGGUUUCUAUCAUUGGCAUGUCUAGUCUCUGGGGCGGCAAACUAUAUUAAAACAGUCACCAGGUACAGUCAACGGCAAGCCUUGGUACAGUCCGGAUGGAAAACGCAGCUGGUAUUCACCAUCGUUUCGGCAGCUAUUGUUGCUGCUUGCGUACUGUUCCUAUCAACCAAUGCGAAAAACAAAUGACAUGUCGUCGAUGCCUGGGAUAAUCCUUCUUAGACAUGCGCCAAUACAACGCCUAGUACAUGACAAUGCCGUCG